CCUGUUGUCUCUCUCUCUCUCUCUCUCUCUAUAUAUAUAUAUAUAUAUAUUAUAUAUAUAUAUAUAAGGCCCGUACCUCUAUUUUUGUUUCUCGUCUCUUUCUUUAUCUUCUUGAGCUGUCUCUCGCAAGUACAGAAUCUUAACAACACUUCACUUCAAUUUUAUUUAGUUAAUCUAAAGUGGAAUGGCUCGUACCAAACAAACUGCUCGCAAAUCAACCGGUGGAAAGGCUCCCAGGAAGCAGCUUGCCACAAAGGCUGCUAGGAAAUCUGCUCCAACUACAGGUGGAGUCAAGAAGCCUCAUCGUUAUCGCCCAGGAACCGUGGCUCUCCGAGAAAUCAGAAAGUAUCAAAAGAGCACUGAACUUUUGAUCCGCAAAUUGCCCUUCCAGCGUCUCGUUCGUGAAAUCGCUCAAGAUUUCAAGACGGAUUUGAGGUUCCAGAGCCAUGCGGUGCUUGCGCUUCAAGAGGCUGCAGAGGCAUAUCUGGUGGGUCUGUUUGAGGAUACCAAUCUCUGUGCUAUUCACGCCAAGCGGGUAACAAUCAUGCCUAAAGACAUACAAUUGGCCAGGCGUAUUCGUGGUGAACGCGCUUAGAUUGAUUUUUAAACAUGUCUUCUUCUUUACUUUUCUUUUUUUUUUAAAAAAAUUCUAUAAACUGUGUCUGUCUGAAAUCACCAUAAUCUCAUUGUGAUUUCAAAUCGUCCCAUAUUCUUUUUGCUAUCGAUGGAAUUUAAUGUUAUCUUUUGCUUAUUUAGUCA